AUGAGAGCUAACUCAACCCAAAUAUCAAACAGAAUGUUUAAGACGCAAAGAAUGAUCAUCUUGGUAAUAGUUGCCAUGUUCGCAGUCCUACUCAUAAUAACAUCCCUUGCAGGCCAUCAUGACAAGGUUAUCGAUCAGGUCAAAACGUAUACCAACAAAGCUAGUGAUUCAUUGAGUGAUUUUUACAAGUCGCUGAAUAAAUUACCCAGUCCUGAUUUGGGAGAUGCUGACUUGGAAAAACAAGCCGAGGCACAAGAGGAGGCAGAUAGGUUGAAAGAGGAAGCUGCAGCAAAGCAAAAACAGAAUACAAAACAAAAACAGGACUAG